AUGAACGAAAAGAAACGACAAUACAGGAGUCCUUACCCCAAAUUUCUACGGCGUGACUCUCAGCUCACCCCCGUCGUCUUGCCUCCUAUUUACAUAGCAGUUCCCGAAAUUCAUCUGUGUAUCGAAACCAACAUCACUUUACGGCUUCUGCACGAAAACGUUCGUUCUUCGCGUGAUAUUAAUUUCGAACUAUGGCGCGCACUUCUAGCACACACAAAUUCUUCAGCACGACGGUGCUCCCGCCUCACGACCUCUAGAAGCAGAAAUUAA